CCGUAGUUGUGUAUCAUACGCCGUCACUUAACAAUAUGAAGCUCCUCAUCAUCACAGCCCUGGUGGCGUGCGCCGCAGCCGACGUAUCCCACAUUCUUGCCAGAUCUGGUGAGGCUGACGCUAAGAUACUGCGACAGGAACAGGAUGUAGGACUCGAAGGACAAUACCGAUGGGCUUACGAGACUGAGAAUGGAAUAUCAGCUCAGGAAACCGGAGCUUUGAAUAACCCACAAUCGGAGAACGCGGCCCAGACAGCUCAAGGUCAAGCAAGGUGGACUGCACCAAACGGAGAAGUCGUUGAACUACAAUAUACCGCUGAUGAAAAUGGAUACCAAGCACAGGGUUCCCAUUUACCAACCCCUCCGCCGAUCCCUGAAGCCAUCCUCAAGGCUCUGGAGUACAUAAGGGCGCAUCCCCCACCACCGGAGAAGAACUAACUACCCUUGUAAAACAACCCCUAAUUAUUCUACGUGCUCUUUCAUUUUAAUUUAAAAAAAAAUGACAAGAUAUCUUCAUCUAACAUUGAUUGUCUAAAAUUAAUAUCGAUUUAGUAAAAAUCGGUAUAAAUUUUAUAAAAUCGAUUUCCAAAUUGUAGAUUCUUAUAUUGUAAUUUAUAUUUUUAUAUACGAAAAAUACUCAAAUUUCUUAGAAUUGUAAUAAUUUCUGUGAUAACAGAUAUGUAAUAUAAGUUAUUUACUUUGA